UUCUUCCGGAAGCGAUCAUAGGCAUCGCCGUGACGCAGAACGAUUUAGAGCGUCCCGCAGGGUUUCCAUGGUGCAGCCCUCAGCCCCGAGUCCCUCGGCUUCCUUUCCGGCCAGAGCGCUGUGAGCAAGGCAGGCGGCGAGUCCCUCCCACGAUGUUAACGCCGCUUGGGGGAGGGGUUGGGAGCGCAGGUGGCGCUCUAGGCGAGUUCGUUCGCGUCUCUAUGGUGCCGAAUGCUCUUCGGCUCCGCGCGUCGGGACGGACGUUGCCCCUUUAAUCGGCGGAGGGUGGUGCCGACGAGGUCCCGCGAGAGCACCGGGCGGCGGGGGGCGGUGCCGAGGCUGGGGGCCCGUGGCCGAUGGAGCCUGCGAUGGAGCCGGAGACUCUGGAGGCGCGAAUCAGUUUGGGCAGAACUGACCAGCACAGGGUGACGCUUGGAGAUAGGCUGUCGAGAGGUGAUGAAGAUCCAGCUCUGGCUGCCCCACGCCUUACCCUGGACAGAGCCACAAACCCCCUGAACAAGGAGCUGCACUGGGCCAGCAUCAACGGCUUCUGCGAGCAGCUCAACGAGGACUUUGAGGGGCCUCCACUUGCCACCCGGCUGUUGGCCCACAAGAUCCAGUCCCCGCAGGAGUGGGAGGCGAUCCAGGCCCUGACGGUGCUGGAAACAUGCAUGAAGAGCUGCGGCAAGAGGUUCCACGACGAGGUGGGCAAGUUCCGCUUCCUCAACGAGCUCAUCAAGGUCGUGUCUCCCAAGUACCUGGGCUCUCGGACGUCGGAGAAGGUGAAGAACAAGAUCUUGGAGCUUCUCUACAGCUGGACGGUCGGCCUCCCUGAGGAGGUGAAGAUCGCAGAGGCCUACCAGAUGCUGAAGAAGCAGGCCCCUGAGACGGUCUCCCCACCGCCGUCCGCUGCAGGGAUUGUGAAGGCCGACCCCAAGCUUCCAGAUGAUGCCACCUUUCCCCUUCCUCCGCCACGGCCCAAGAAUGUGAUCUUUGAAGACGAGGAGAAAUCCAAGAUGCUGGCCCGCCUGCUGAAGAGCUCCCACCCCGAGGACCUCCGAGCAGCCAACAAACUCAUCAAGGAGAUGGUGCAGGAGGACCAGAAGCGAAUGGAGAAGAUCUCAAAGCGGGUGAGCGCCAUCGAGGAGGUGAACAACAACGUGAAGUUGCUGACGGAGAUGGUGAUGAACCACAGCCAGGGCGGCACGGCUGCCCAAAGCAGUGAGGACCUCAUGAAGGAACUGUACCAGCGCUGUGAGCGCUUGCGGCCCACGCUUUUCCGACUGGCCAGCGACACGGAGGACAAUGACGAGGCCUUAGCGGAGAUCCUGCAAGCCAAUGACAACCUCACCCAGGUCAUUAACCUGUACAAGCAGCUGGUGCGAGGAGAGGAGGUCAACGGCGAUGCCACAGCCGCCUGCAUCCCUGGGAGCACCUCGGCCUUGUUGGACCUCUCAGGUCUGGAUCUCCCUCCGGUGGGCACCACUGACCCAGCCACGCCCACCUGCCCUGGUGACCAGGCCAGCCUGGAGCAGCCCAGCACCUCAGUUUCCCUACUUGACGAUGAGCUCAUGUCUCUGGGCCUAAGCGACCCCACACCCCCUUCAGGCCCAGGCUUGGAUGGUGCUGGGUGGAACAGCUUCCAGACGUCUCCUGCCGGGAGGGGCAGGGGCCUCAGGGCAGUGCCAGGUGACCUGACGCCUUCUCAGCACAGCCUCACCCACCCACAUCCUUUGUAUGCCCGACAGUCAUCUGAUGGCACUGAGCCCCCCCACCCCACUCCGGCCCCCAGCGUGGACAGUCGGCCCCCGGCGCAGACGUCCCUGCCCACGAGCAGUGGUCUGGAUGACUUGGACCUCCUGGGGAAGACCCUCCUGCAGCAGUCGCUGCCCCCGGAGUCCCAGCAAGUGCGGUGGGAGAAGCAGCAGCCAGCGCCCCGGCUCACACUCCGGGACCUGCAGAAUAAAAGCAGCUGCAGCUUGUCCAGCUCCGGCGCCACCAGCCUCCUCCACACCGUGUCCCCCGAGCCCCCUGGGCCCCUGCAGCAGCCCACACCGACGGAGCUCUCGCUGGCCAACAUCACUGUGCCUCUGGAGUCCAUCAAACCCAGCAGCAUCUUGCCAGUGACUGUGUAUGACCAACAUGGCUUCCGGGUCCUCUUCCACUUCGCUCGAGACCCACUGCCCGGGCGCUCCGAUGUGCUGGUGGUGGUGGUUUCCAUGCUGAGCACCGCCCCCCAGCCCAUCCGCAACAUUGUUUUCCAGUCAGCUGUCCCCAAGGUCAUGAAGGUGAAGCUGCAGCCGCCCUCAGGCACAGAGCUGCCAGCAUUUAACCCCAUCGUCCACCCCUCAGCCAUCACCCAGGUCCUGCUCCUUGCCAACCCCCAGAAGGAGAAGGUUCGUCUCCGCUACAAGCUGCUCUUCACCAUGGGCGACCAGACCUACAACGAGAUGGGGGACGUGGACCAGUUCCCCCCACCGGAGACCUGGGGGAGCCUCUAGAACAGAGAGGGGCUGGGGAGAGGAGGGGCAACGGGACUGGCCACCACUGAGCCUGGGUUCCCACGGCCAUAUUCCCCUGGGUCUGGUGCUUCUCCCCUCCCCCCUGUGGCCCCCUCCUUCCUUGCCCUCUCCCCUGCUGAGCCAAACCCAGCAGGAGGCUAGGCCUCAGUUUGCACUGGUGGGGACCUUCAUCACAGGUGGGAGGCUGGAGCAGGGGAGUGCUGCACAUGGGCCCCGGAAGGACUGGGGGCCGUGGGGGAGAAGCAUGGCUGUCGGGCAAGGGCCAGGACCUCAGGCCCAGCCCCGACCCCAGCCUGGGGAGGGGUCAUCCCUGCCUGUCUCUUAUGCCUUAUGGGAAGGCCCAGCCAUAACUUGGGGCCGUGCUGGAGCCGGGACCAGCUCAGGCCUCCUCCAUAGGAACCGGGUGACUGGGGGGGGCGACGCCUACACCCCCAGCUCUUUGCACUCUCGGGUGUGUGGUUUGACUCUCUUAGCUUUUCUCUCUGCGUGGCCCUGUGGUCACCGUCUCAGGGGGCCCAGUGAGGGGAGCCCCACCUCUCCCCCACUCCUCCUGGGGGUCUCACUCCACUCUCCUGGCCCCUUUGCUGUCAGGCCUCCAGGGGGACUGGGGGAGAGACAGGUGGCCCCAGCUGGGGGCUCCCAGGCCCCUGGCCAAGGGAGGUCCUGCACUGGAGUUCUCAGUGUGUCUCUUUCAUUCAUUGGGCUUUGUCCAUCCGUCUGUCCAUGGGCAGAAGUGGGGUCAGUGUGUGAGUGAGAGCAGGAGUAUUUAUGGAAAUAAAACGUCCUUUUUCCUGGA